AUGCUUUAUUAUUAUUUCAGAUGCGAAUAUCCUCCAGGACCACCUGGUCUACCUGGUCGAGAUGGGAUUCCCGGUCCUGCUGGAACACCAGGUGCGCCAGGAUUACCAGCUCGCUUGCCUUGUGAUCCACCCAUUGACUACGCAAAGCUCUGUCCUGAUCCAUGUCCUGCUGGUGUGCAAGGACCACCUGGAGAGACGGGACCUCCAGGCGACAAAGGUGUCAUUGGAAUCCCGGGAUCACCCGGAAAACGAGGCUUUGACGGAAAACUGGGAGACAAAGGAGAGACUGGUCCACGAGGAAUUCCUGGUCUCGACGGAGAAAUCGGUGAUCCUGGAGAGGAUGCCAUUCCACAACCGUUUAUUCCAGGUCCACCAGGAGAGCAGGGAGACGAAGGACCACCUGGGCCACCUGGACCCGUGGGAAUGCCAGGAAUCGAUGGUCCAAUCGGCCCGGCAGGGCCUCGUGGAAAGAAGGGGAAAGACGGAUUUCCAGGAGGAAAAGGCGAUCCUGGACCAGAAGGAGCAAUGGGCGAAGCAGGGGAGGACGGCGAGAAAGGGGUCUGUCCGACGUACUGUGCAACCGAUGGUGGUGUGUUCUUCGUGCAACCGCCAGAUUGGUUCUUCGACAACUGA